AUCGAUUUGACCGAAUCCAACAACAACAAAUAGUUUGAUGUGCAUGUUGGAAUAUAGUUGGGUUCAAAUGAAUGGCUGCGUGUAUUUGUGUGCGUGGGCGAUCCAAAAAAACUUCUCCGUUUCGAACCACAAAAACUCACGCAAAAAAAUGCUCUGAAAUUCCACAAUUGACAUUCAACAUUCAACAGUAAAUGAUUGUAGAUCAAAUUUGUAAUCGAAAUUCAUUUAGAAAGUUUUUUUUCCAUUUUUUUAAACAUUUAAUUAAAUUCAGCAACAACUUGGCAAUGAUCAUUUUUUGUGUGUGUUUGUGUGAUUCAUUCUGUUUGUGUUAUUACUCAUAUUGUUUGGCUAUUUUAACGAAUUUCCGUUUUUUUUUUUCUUUCGUUUGUUUGUGUGUUUGUUGUCAUUCAUCUUUAGUUUUUGUCAUAUUUUCAUAUUGUCUUUGUGUAUUUGUUCAACAACAAAUCAAUUCAACAUCCGGCAACCCAUAUAUAUAUUCCAUUCAUUUAAUGAACAGAAAAAAAGCCAACGAUUCUCGACACCAGCUUCAUGUGAUUUCGAUUCUUAUCGGCCUCUGAACUAAGUAAAUGAUCAUCAAUUUGAAACAUUUUCUUUUUUUCAUCAUUAUCGUAAACGAAAAAGAGCUUCAAAGAAAAUCUCACUCACUCACUCGCUCUUUCUCUCUCUGUUUCAUUAAUUGAAAAUGGCUUUAUUACAUCGUUUCUCAAAAUUAAAUGAUCGAUCCAAUACAGGAAUAUUUACAUUCAUUGUUACUAGAUCGGUCACAAGGGAUCUACAUCGUGAUGCAACAACAAAAGAUUUUUAUUAUGGUUAUCAUCGUUGGGCAAUAUCGUUUACCCGUGCAAAUGAUAAAGUAUUAGGUGUUUAUCUUAUAUUACGAGAUACAUCACCAUCGGCUAUUACUUAUACAGAUUUUAGCAUAACAUUAUUGAAUCGUGAACAUUUCAGUCGUAAUGAACAAUAUGGAAAACAAUCAAAAUUUACUACCGAUCAUCCAGCACAUGGAAUAAACAAAUGGAUACCAUUAUCAGAUAUACAGACACGUAAUUUUGGCGAUGAAACUGGUGAAUUUUUAUUGGAAUUAAGCCUAAGCAAUUUAAUGACUGUUUAUGAGACAAAUAUUUGUUUACAACAAAAUUCUGGUAAUAAUCCACAACAACAACAACAACAACAACAUCAGCAGCAGCAACAGCAACAGCAACAACAAUCGAAUAAUCCAGUGAAUGUACCGACGAAAGUUAUGUUUAAAAAUGGUAAACUAGAGACAAGUUAUUUUCAUUUUGCAACAUUCGAAUGGAAUAUAUCGAUUAUGAUGCAUAAUGCAAAUAGCGGUGGUGGUGGACCGGCCAGUAUGGUACGUGGAUUAUUUAAAGAUUCACAGAAUGAUACGGAUAUUUUCGGUGCUACUGGUGGCAAUAGUAGUGGUAGUGGUGGCGGAAAAUCAAAUCGUUCCUAUUUAAUAUUCUUGAAUCGUUUAACUGGAUUCGAAAAUGCAUGUCGUAUACAAUAUCGUAUUGUAUUGGGUCAGGAUCAAAUCCGUGAAGAUUCCGGUAUGAUUGAACAAAUAUCCGAUAUGAAUGGACGAUCACGUGGAUAUCAGAUUGAUUCACAUACAUUUGCACAGCUCACAGCAAUGGGUAUGGCAAAUUUAUAUUUUGAAUUCUAUAGCUGUAAUCCAAUCAGUGAAGUAAAAGUAUCAAUUACACGUUCAAUAUCGCCAACAAUUAAUUGUUAUGAUCGUAAUAAACAAGGCUGGAGUAUUGAAUCCGAUAUGGAAAGUGAAAUGCUUAAAUUGAAACUUUAUUUUAUGGAUAUGCAUUCUGUACCACGUAAUCAUUUACGUUAUGUUUCUUGGUAUAUUUAUCUGAUUGCACAAUCAGAUACUAUACAUAAUAAUUCUGGACAAACAGAGAAUAUAAUGGUAAAAAAUUCACCACAUUAUAAUUAUUAUAUACAGGAUGGUAUCGACAUGGGUGUUGUUAUGGAAACCGAUGUUCCUGUAUCCGAUAUUAAAUCAUCGGGUAAAAAGUAUCUUGAAAAUGAUACCAAUCUAACCGUACACGUGGAAUGGUAUGAUUCGAUUAUGUUAUUCAAUCAUAUCUAUCAUAAAUAUGAUGAUAUUGCACGAAUGCAUUGCCAUCAAAUGAGACGAGAAAUAGCUGCAUUGACCAAAGAAAAUUAUAGCCUUGAGCGGCAAAUAUUUGCUUAUCAACGUUCAAUAUCCAUGGCUAAUAAUCAGAUUAAUGUACAAAAUAAUAUGUCACGUCUUAGUAUUUCAUCGCCAUCGAAACCUAAUCCACCGUGUAAUUCAAAUCUAAUUGGUUAUGGAACUGGUAGUGGUGGUGCUAGCUGUACUGGAAGUGGUGCUGGUGGUGCCGGUACUGGUGGUACAAAUACACCAUCAUCAUCAUCGUAUCGUGGUUCAUCACAAUUAGAUAAUGCAAAUAAUUCUGGUUAUUAUAAUAAUAAUAAUAAUCAUCAUCAUCUAAUUGAUGAUAUGAAUACAGCUGCUAUAGCGGCAGCAGCAGCUAUUGCAUCUGGAUCAACAACAACACAAACACCAUCUGAUUCUUAUUAUGAACAUUGUAAUACUACUACUGGAUCCGGUUCGCGAACAAUUUCACGACCAGAAGCAAUUAAUUAUUCUACAGAAAGAAGUGCUACACCGGUACCAAGUAGUCCAAUGCAAUCAACAACAAUGAUUAAUAUUGCUCAACAACAACAACAACAACAACAACAGCAACUAUCAUUGGCAUCUUAUCUUGGUAGUAAUCUUGAACAAGGUAUAUCAUUACCAACAACAACACGGCAUUCAUUUUCUGGUCCAACAACACCACAUCAUCAUCAUCAUCAUCUACAACAACAACAAUAUCAUGGACAACAACAAGCUUAUUCAACGCACCACCAUCAACAACAAUCUUAUCAUCAUCAACAACAACAACAACAUCAUCAUCAUCAUCAUCAUCAAUUACCGCAGAUACCAAGUGGAAAUGUUGGUAUACCAUAUUCAUCAUCUAAUUAUCGAUUACGUAGUCCAAGUUCAAAUCCAAAUAUUGCACAAAUGUAUCGUGAUGAUAAUGAUACAGUAGCAACAGGAUCGUCAACAGCACAGCAACAACAACAACAGGGCAAAUAAUGGAUGGUUCAAUUGAUGAUGCCUAUCAAAGUUAUGCUGGACGAUAUAAAUUAACAGUUUAAUGAUGAAAAUAACACAAUAUUGCUUCCACAUACAGAAUAAUAAAAGAGAAAGAGAAUUUAUUUAUUUUAU